AUUGACAUGGCCUAUGAGACAAAACCUGCUCUGAAAUCAGUGUGUGUUAGGGUUACAGCAUGGACGUCCGCAAAACAACUCUACUUCUCUGUCUUUUCCUUUACGCAGGUGUCCUUAAAGUUCAGACCCAGAUCACAGAUGCUUUAGAUGCGUACGUUAAAACCGACGGCGCUUGGAUUCUCACGUUGCAAAAAAGUCAGUAUCCUGCAACCUCAGCAGAACAAUGUGCACUAAAAUGCAACGCAGAAACACUGUUCACAUGCAGGUCUUUUGUAUUCAUCGAAAAAGAUCAGGACUGUAUAACAAUACCGGCCAACUCGAAGACAGAGUCAGUGUUUCGGAGAAUGAAUACAGCUCUGUUUGAGAAGAAAGAUUAUUUACUUGAAUGUCUGACUGGAACCGGGAUCGACUACAGAGGGACAAAAAGCAGGACAAAAUCAGGAACAUUGUGCCAGCGCUGGGACAGUACAUAUCCUCACAAGCCAAACAUCACGCCGAAGACGCAUCCAAAAGCUGACCUGGAGUCCAAUUACUGUCGAAACCCAGAUGGAGACAGCGAUGGCCCCUGGUGCUACACCUUGGACGUGAAUAAGAGAUGGGAGCCCUGUGACAUCCCCAGCUGCAGUGAGGAAUGCAUGUACUGUAGUGGAGAAAACUACAGAGGGAAGAUCUCCAAAACCGAGUCAGGAUUCACCUGUCAACGCUGGGACUCCCAGAAACCCCAUAACCAUGGAUACAUUCCCUCAGUUCUUCCUGACAAGUACUUGGAGGAGAACUUCUGCAGAAAUCCAGACGGAGAACCAAGACCUUGGUGUUUCACCACAAGUCCAUCCAAACGCUGGGAUUACUGCCCCAUCUCUCGCUGCUUAUCCCCUCCUCCAACCAUCGCACCAGAGCUGACCUGUACUACAGGUGACGGGAACUUGUACAGAGGCCACAUUGCUGUCACCACCUCAGGGAAAACUUGCCAAGCGUGGUCAUCUCAGAGUCCUCAGAAGCAUUCCAGAACACCAGAGAACUACCCGUGCAAAGGUCUGGAUAACAACUACUGCAGAAACCCUGACAACGAAAGGAGUCCCUGGUGUUACACCACCGACCCAGAAACCCGCUGGGAGUACUGCAAUAUACCGAGCUGUGGUACCGAGCCACGCCCAGAAGAUCCAGUUAUUGCUCCAGCUGAGGACUGUUACACAGGAGACGGCAGCUCGUACCGUGGAGUCAUGUCAGAGACCAUCAGUGGGAAGAAGUGCCAGUUCUGGACUUCUAUGGAACCUCAUAAACAUGCAAAGACACCACAGACAUUCCCUAACGCAGACUUGAGAAGGAACCUGUGCAGGAACCCUGAUGGUGACACGGCGCCAUGGUGCUACACCACUGACCCAUCUGUGCGCUGGGAAUACUGUAAGAUAGAGCGCUGUGGUAGCACUCUCCCCUCUCAGGACACUCAGGCCAAUCAGGGCUCUCAGGCCAAUCAGGGCUAUCAGGGCUCUCAGGCCAAUCAGGGCACUCGUGACCCCACGGCCACAACCCCAACACAGGCGCCGAAUCCUUCACAAAUCACAGAUUGCAAGAUCGGCAACGGAGCAGAUUAUCGAGGUUCGAUAUCGAAGACCGCAGUAGGAGUGACCUGCCAAGAGUGGAGCGCUACAACCCCCCACAUUACCACCUUUAAACCUUCAACGCACCCUGACAGGGGUCUGGAGUCUAAUAAUUGCAGAAAUCCUGAUAAUGACGCAAACGGACCUUGGUGUUACACUACGGAUCCUACAAAGAAGUGGGACUACUGUCAUAUUCCAGACUGUGGCAGACCAAAAUGCGGACAGCCAACCGUAAAACCAAGACGCUGCUUUGGCCGGAUCGUCGGAGGAUGCGUCUCUAAACCUUACUCUUGGCCUUGGCAGAUCAGUCUCAGAACCAGCACCGGCAUUCACUUCUGUGGAGGAACGUUAAUCGCUGCUCAGUGGGUCCUGACAGCAGCUCACUGCCUUGAACGAUCUUCCAGACCCUCUGCCUACAAAGUAUACUUGGGAAUCCAUACAGAAAGGGCAAAUGAGCCGUCCAAGCAGGUCCGAGACUUGGAAAAGAUUGUGAAGGGGCCAGCAGGAACAGACAUCGCUUUACUCAAGCUGGAAACGCCAGUUAUUAUAAAUGAUAAAGUAUCUACGGUGUGUUUGCCUGAGAAAGACUACAUCGUGCCCAGUGGAACAGAGUGCUACGUUACAGGCUGGGGAGAAACCCAAGGAACGGGUGGAGAAGGCAUUCUGAAGGAGACCGGCUUCCCGGUCAUCGAAAACAAAGUGUGCAACCGUCCAGCCUACCUGAACAACCGAGUGAAGGACCACGAGAUGUGUGCAGGAAACAUUGAAGGAGGAACUGACAGCUGUCAGGGUGAUAGUGGAGGUCCUCUUGUAUGCUUUGGUCAGAACACCUUCAUUCUUCAGGGCGUGACGUCGUGGGGUCUCGGCUGUGCCAAUGCCAUGAAGCCUGGUGUGUACGCUCGCGUCUCCAAGUUCAUUGACUGGAUCGAAAAACAGACAAAGUCAAAUUCUUAAGCGUAUCAGUGCAACGUCAGGCAUCCUGGUCUGAAAUGCAAAUGACAACUUUUUAAACCCUUUUGAAAGCCUCAUAAAAACACAAGACAUGAUGUUGAUUUUAAUUUCGAAUCUAAUUUUUAUCAGAUGGCAAUUUAUAUACGCAUUAAAGAAGAGAAACUUGGA